AUGAAUUCAACAAUUUCAGCAACUUUACAGAAAAGCACUCAAGUAGUUGGCCCAAAUGUUGCCAAAACUCUCGAGUUACUCGAACAUGAAAACGUCAAAGAAUAUUUCGCAAAUGUUAAUAAAAAUAAAGUUAUUCACGCUAUUUCGGUAGAUUAUCCAGAAACCGGCGAUAAUCCCAAAACCAAAAUCGUGGGCGGUUAUUCUCAUGGAUUUGUCGCUGCCAUUCAUCAAGCGUAUAAUCAUCAUCAACAUCUUUGUCUAAAACCAGAUGACGUAUGGUUAACUAUCGCUCAGGGUGUUAGCCAUCAUAUCAAUCUCAACGCUGAAAAAUUUCGUAGUUAUUUUGUUGAACAUGAAGGAAAGCAAGAAAUUGAAAUUUUUGCUGGUGAUGUUUUAAAUUACGUUAACAACAUUCUUGAAGGUGAUUGGCCUGAAGCUAUUCAUCGUCUUGAAAAUAAAACUUCGGAGAAAAUUAAAAAAGUGGAUAUCUCCAAAAUUCUGGAGUGCGAUUUCUCGACCAGCACAAUGGCAGCAAAAACAGCAAGUCAUGUCAUUCUUUUAGACGCUUUAAAGAACUAUUUCAGCUACAAGAUCUCGACACUCUGUGGCAUUCCAAAAGUGACUUUGGAAGGGUCUCUAGAAGACUGGACUCGUAUUCAAGAAAAAGUUGUAAAACUUCGCAAUCUUGGUUUAGAUAUGGAUUUUUGGCUUGAUCGUCUUGAACCAGUUAUUUGGAGAUUAGUCGACACUUAUCGAGGAGAAAUCGACGAACAAUUUUGGGGCAAAGUUUUUUCGACGACAAAGAUCUAUGGAUCGGGUGGAGGAACUUAUUGGACUGGGUGGAUAACAGCAUUUUUUCCAUAUGAUAAAUCUGAUGCAAAGAUCACACAUAACAAAAUUGAUAUCUAUUAUAUACCGGAUGGAAGAGUUCAUGUGCCUUUCAGUACUGAUUUAGGUCUGAACUUGAAUUUUGUUGCCGGCUUUUUAGGUGCCAGACAAGAACUCGUUACGAAUGAAGACGAUACUGAAGUUUACGUUUCCUCUUUGAUUGGGUGGUUCGUUGUUGACCAAGAUAAAGAUGAAAAAAAUGAUUAA